GCUCGAGCGCUAGAGCGGAAAAUCAUAGCAAGCUACAGUAACUGUCCAUUCAUACGGAGACUUGUAGCAUCUGUUAUCAUAUCAGUAUAAAACAAAACCUGAGCCCUGAAGUCAAUUUGGAGCACUCUACUAUCCGAAAGAAUGCAGCUUGGCCAGUCAACCCGGUGGGAGUGACCGAUAAGGAUGGGCCAAAGAAGUAGAGCCCACUGGUGAGGAGUGGUGGAGAGGCCAAACAGAACCAUAGCGACUAAACUACGCCGAGCGACACCAUGCCCCGCCUCCCCUCCUGAACUCUCCUCCGACUCAGUCCCUUCCACUCCCUCUCCCUUACACACAGAUACAGUCGAGCUGCGGGUCACGCUCGCUAUGGCCUCGGCCUACCUGUGGAAGCUGUCGUCCCAGAAGCUGGGCUUCUUCCUGGUGAGCUUUGGCUUCAUCUGGGGCAUGAUGCUGCUCCACUUCACUAUCCAGCAGCGGGCCACGCACGAGAGCAGCACCAUGCUGCGACAGCAGAUCCUGGAGCUCAGCAAGCGCUACAUCAAGGCCCUGGCCGAGGAGAACCAGAGCGUCAUGGACGGGCCCUACGUGGGAACCAUGACGGCCUAUGAUCUGAAGAAGACCCUGGCGGUGCUCCUGGACAAUAUCAUGGUACGGCUGGGCAAGCUGGAGUCCAAGGUGGAGAACAUCUACAACGGCACGGGGGCUAACCUGACCAACGGCACCAGCACGGUCACGCCCAGCGCCUCCAAUGCAGAGAAGGUCAACGUGGCAGAUCUGCUGAACGGCGCUCAGGAGAAAUGUGAGCUUCCCCCCAUGGACGGCUUCCCUCACUGUGAGGGCAAAGUCAAGUGGAUGAAGGACAUGUGGCGGUCAGACUCAUGCUACACCAACUACGGCGUGGACGGCUCCACCUGCUCCUUCUUCAUAUAUCUCAGCGAGGUGGAGAACUGGUGCCCGCGCCUACCGUGGAGAACCAAGACAUUGAAUGAGGAGGCCGACCGGAGGGGCCAGACGGAGAUCCGGACGAGCUUCGAGGAGCUAUAUCGGGUCAUGUCUCGGCGAGAAGAGUUCCGCUGGAUGAUGCUCCGGAUCAAGCGCAUGGAAGACCCCUGGAUCAACGCCAUCCGCGCCCUGGCUGCCAAGCAGAACCUGGCCAAGCGCAAGAGGAAGAAGAUCCUGGUGCACCUGGGCCUAUUGACCAAGGAGUCGGGCUUCAAGAUUGCAGAGAACGCCUUCAGUGGGGGCCCCCUGGGGGAGCUGUUGCAAUGGAGUGACCUCAUCACCACCCUCUACCUGCUGGGCCACGACGUACGCAUCUCCGCCUCCCUGGCCGAGCUCAAAGAGAUCAUGAGGAGAGUGAUGGGGAACAAGUCCAGCUGCCCCACCCAGGGGGACAAGGUGGUGGAGCUCAUCUACAUUGACAUAGUGGGCCUGACCCAGUUCAAGAAGACACUGGGGCCCUCCUGGGUCCACUAUCAGUGUAUGCUGCGGGUUUUGGAUUCCUUCGGCACAGAGCCCGAGUUCAACCACGCCCACUAUGCUCAAUCCAAGGGCCACAAGACCCCCUGGGGCAAGUGGAACCUCAACCCCCAGCAGUUCAACACCAUGUUCCCCCACACGCCAGACAACAGCUUCCUGGGCUUUGUGGUGGAGCAACACCUGAACGCCAGCGACAUCCGCCACAUUGACGAAGUCAAGCGGCAGAACCAGUCGCUGGUCUACGGCAAGGUGGACAACUUCUGGAAGGACAAGAAGACCUACCUUGACAUCAUCCACACCUACACGGAGGUGCACGCCACCGUGCACGGUACCAGCACUGUGCACUUGCCCAGCUACGUGAGAAACUACGGCAUCCUGAGCGGCCGUGACCUGCAGUUCCUCCUCAGGGAGACCAAGCUAUUUGUUGGCCUGUCCUUCCCCUACGAAGGCCCUGCCCCCCUAGAGGCCAUAGCCAAUGGCUGUGCCUUCCUCAACCCCAAGUUCACCCCUCCCAAGAGCAGCAAGAACACAGACUUCUUCAAGGGCAAGCCCACCCUGAGAGAGUUGACCUCCCAGCACCCAUAUGCUGAGGUGUAUAUUGGCCAGCCCCACGUGUGGACGGUGAACAUCGACAACCCUGCGGAGGUGGAGAGAGCCAUCCGCUCAAUCCUCAGUCAGAAGAUCGAGCCCUACCUGCCCUAUGAGUUCACCUGUGAGGGGAUGCUGCAAAGAGUCAACGCCUUCAUUGAGAAUCAGGAUUUCUGCCAUGGCCAGGUGAUGUGGCCUCCCCUCAGUGCUCUGCAGGUGAAGCUGGCUGAGCCGGGGAGCUCCUGUAAGCAGGUGUGUCAGGAGGAGCAGCUCAUCUGCGAGCCCUCCUUCUUCCAGCACCUCAACAAGGACAAGGACCUGGCCCGGUUCGGCAUGGACUGCCAGACGGUGGAGUCGUCGGGCGACACGGUGGUGCCUGCGUACAGCGACGCACGUCACCACUGCGUCUUCCAGUCAGACCUGCUGCUGUUCAGCUGCGCCGGCGCCCACCCCUCCCUCAAACGCGUCUGCCCCUGCCGGGACUACAUGAAGGGCCAGGUGGCGCUGUGCAAAGGCUGCCUAUAGCCCCUGUCUGUCUGGGUGUGUGGAGAGGAUCGAACUGGAGUGGAUUGGACCCUGUACCCUUCCAGAGAGCUGCAGGGAAAUGGGGGGUUGGGGACCUCUAGCUCUGACCACUGACGGCUUGACUCCUCCCCCUAGCUCCUCCCACAGCCAGUCCUCUGGAGGGAGGAAGAGCAGCCUGGGAACUAGACAACCAUGAGACAUUUAUAUUAUUUGUGUGUGUUUUUAAUCGCCUGAACUUUGACCUUAAGGUAUUUUGAUCAGCUUGUCACAGACACAGAAUCGGCAGAAAACUGGAAAUUCAAACGGUGGACAGAGAGAGGCCAGUGAGCUAUAUACAUUACUCUGGGAACUAGGAAUGUCAAUGAAACAGUUUUCAGUAAGGCAUGGGGCAGGAGGAAAGGAGGGUACAGAAAGAGACAUUGAGCAUCGGCCUGAAUUACUUGAAUCAAUGGGAGUAGCUGUAUAUUUGAGGCGGAGCGCAUGGCAACAGAGCUCCCUACUGCCCCUAGGCUGUGUGGCAAUAAAGCUUGUAGUCGCAUCGUGGGACCAACGAGCUGGUGUGUCGCCACACUCGGCAUGCUUUCCUUUCUGCCCCCUUUUAUCUUUGAACUCUUUGAGCUAUGUAGGUUUGCACUGGAGACCCAUAAGGGGUCGUCCCAGGCAAUAAGGCUCAAUGUCCACACUAACAUACUACUUAAGAUGAAGCAAUGCACAGGGCAUGUAUUCUGAAUGGUAUGCGCCAAUGGAAAGUUGCCCAUAGAUCCUGAACUAUGGUCAGUUUUUCUUUUCCCUUAUUUAUGGUUAAGGUCACGAUUGGGGGAAUGGAAGCUGAAUUUUCCCCUGUACCUAGGGGAAACUUCAAAAGAAAUGCUAGUGUGAAGCAGAGCCAGUUUUACACUGUAACUGUACCGCUCCCCAUAGUCGCGUCUAGACAGGGGAGUGGUCAGAUGUAGAUAUGUUGAUUUUUAAAUGUUCCAAAUUGCAAAUCACUUUUAAUCCUGAGGCAUUGUCCCUCGUGGUCAUUCCCAACUACAGCUCACAUGCUCCUCUGUAGCCCUGCAUGGUAGAUUGACCCUCAUGUUCCCAAUGUACAGACUAGAUGCUGAGUUUUCAGCUCGCACACAUUCACUGCCACACACGCCUGACUGACCAGUUGGGAUGUGCUGGGGAAAAGAGGUGUGUGCAAAAUAAUUGCCAGUAGCCAAUGAAAAUCAUAAUUUUUAAUUAAUCAAUUUCAAUCAAAUGUUUCAAGAAAUUAUUAUCAGGUCAGUCACAUGCAAUAGCUACUUGACGGGGAGUCUGUGUGACACAGAUUAUAUAGUGUGGUACUGUUCUGUAAACAGAACACCAUCAGAGAUGUAGUGGGAAAGGUCACCCAGGCAGAUCAAACAUCAGUCUUGCCUUGACCACAAUAGAUUUAUCUGAAAAAUAUUCUAAAUUAUUGAAGAUAUAUUGAUCAUGAAUAUUUGUAUUCUAGAUUUAAGUAUUUAUGUAUACACUAGACUGAAAGAUCACAUACAAACGUCAUUUCUAUGGCGGUACUGUACAUUAUAGCUCUUGACAGAGCAACACACACACCUGCAACUUUAGUUUACUUCAUUUGGAGAUCGUUUAGGAUCCUAAUUUGCCUGCCAAUUUUUUAAGCGUCAAUAAAAGUUUGAAUUAGUAGUCCUUGUUGUGAAUGGAAAUAAUGCACUACUUUAAUCUAGUUACUGAAGUUAAACAAAAUAUUACUAAUACUGUAUAUUCUUCAUAUUUAAAUUUCUUUUGUAUACA